ACAUUGCACAGUUUCUUCCCAAUACCAGAACGGGAGCGGCGUUUAGAAAAAAGUUUGUUGUGGGGGAAAGAUUUUUUUGUUCUCGUAUUGAAAAUAAAACCUUAUAAAGAUGUAUCAGGAGACUGACCUGGGCUCUAGUUUUAACAAAAACAAAUUUGAAUCUACUAUAAGUGAUCUUAAAAAGAAAACCUUUGUGUCUGCUGUUGAUAUCGAAAGUUAUGGGGAGAGCGGACUGACCCCGGAAAGUCAGGAGGCGUACAAGCGGUCUAUAAAUGAUCCCGAAGGCUUCUGGGCGGAAGUCGCCAAUGAACUGGAGUGGACAAAAACCUGGGAUCGUGUCCUGGAUAACUCCAACCCGCCUUUUACUAAAUGGUGGGUCGGCGGGGAGGUGUCGGUAUGCCACAAUGCUGUGGACCGCCACGUGGCAGCUGGGCGCGGGGACAACGUCGCGUUGGUUCACGACUCGCCACUCACAGACACUGUCCGCAGGAUCACCUACACAGAGCUCAAACAUCAGGUAUCCCGGCUGGCGGGCAAGUUGGCGUCCCUAGGGGUGACUCGGGGCUCCCGGGUGCUGAUCUACAUGCCUCUGAUCCCGGAAGCCAUCAUAGCCAUGCUAGCCACUAACAGGAUUGGUGCUAUCCAUUCCGUUGUUUUUGGAGGAUUUGCUGCGCGUGAGUUGCGUACCAGGAUUGAGCAUGCGGAACCUACUGUGAUCAUUGCUGCCAGCUGCGGCGUGGAACCCAAUAAAAUCGUCAGAUAUAAAGACAUCCUAGACGAGGCCAUCUGCCAGAGCUCGCACCAGCCGCGUAGCUGCAUCAUCUACCAACGGCGGCGUGUGCUGGAGUGUCCUCUGGAAAAAGACCGGGAUAUCUGCUGGGAGGAGGCCAUGCAGGCCGACCCCGUGCCCUGCGUGCCGGUCGAGGCCAAUGAGCCCCUCUACAUCCUUUAUACUUCUGGAACGACGGAUGCUCCGAAGGGCGUGCAGCGCCCAGUGGGCCACGCUGCGACUCUGUGUUGGUCCAUGCACGCUGUGUACGGCCUCACUAAGGGCGUCUGGUGGGCCGCAUCGGACCUCGGUUGGGUCGUGGGCCAUUCUUACAUCUGCUAUGGACCACUCCUAGCCGGCCUCACUUCUGUGUUGUAUGAAGGCAAACCAGACAGGACCCCAGAUCCCGGCCAAUACUUUAGGAUCAUAGAACAGCAUCGAGUCAACGCGUUGUUUACGAUCCCCACCGCCUUCCGCGUGCUGAAGCGAGUAGACCCAGCAGCUAAGUACUCCAGGAGAUACUGCGGCAAGUCUCUCAAAACCGUCUUCAUUGCCGGAGAACAUUGCGAUCAAGACACUAGGCAAUGGGCUGAGCGAAUAUUCGGUGUGCCUGUAUUGAACCACUGGUGGCAGACGGAGACUGGAUCUGCCAUCACUGCAGCCUGCUUGGGUUAUGGCGUGAAGUCGGUGCCUCCACACUCAGCCGGCUAUCCAGUGCCAGGAUAUGACAUGCGAACACUCCGCGAAGACGGGACCGAGUGUCAGCCCGGGGAGGUUGGUAGACUAGUCGCUAAGCUGCCGCUGCCUCCAGGUUUCGCCAGCACAUUAUGGCUGUCUGAUGAACGCUUCAAGAAAACUUACUUUGAAUCUUAUCCGGGUUAUUACGACACUCAGGAUGCUGGGUGGAUUAGUGCAGAUAGUGCUGUGUGGGUGGUGGCUCGAGCCGAUGACGUCAUCAACGUGGCUGGCCACAGGCUGUCCACAGCCGCCCUCGAAGACGUAGUAUUGAAACACGCGAGAGUAGCCGACGCCGUAGUGGUCGGGGCACCUGACCCAACUAAGGGCGAUGUGCCUCUUUGCCUUUAUGUCAUGCGACCUCCUCAAGACAAUGAAGAGAUUGUGGCCGAGAGCACCGUCACGCGGGAGCUGAUCGCUUUAGUUCGCCACUUGAUCGGACCGAUCGCCGCGUUCCGUAAGGCCGUGGCCGUACCAGCACUACCACGCACGCGUUCCGGGAAGGCGCUUCGAGGAGCCAUCGCCAAGUUGGCAAGGUCCCAACAAGUCAAACUGCCCGCUACGAUCGAAGACGCCACCGUCUUCGGCGAAAUAAAAACGGCACUUCAAAAAUUUGGAUAUGCGAUCGAUGCCCCCGACCCGGAGUUUUAAGCCAAAUUCGUUUCGCCACAUUUCCAAUAUCGGCUCUAGCAUGUGUUUAGGAUUUAAUGAACAGUUUGAUUGUUAUCGUAGACAACAAACACUACCUAUCGUCUUUAUUACGGAUCUUGGACGCAUCUGCGUGGAGGGUAGCAAGAACACCAUGAAGUUAGCCUAUAUUAUGUAUUAAGUAAUUUAAAUUCAUACAUUACCAAAAUCUCUGCCGUUACAGCGUGUACAACUGCUGAAUGUGGUAAAGCCGCUCAUCAACCCGGGCAUAUCGUAGACAACAACUAACGAUAAUAUGGAAGUAUAAUAUCUUACUUAUACCAACCACAAGGGAUUACGGACACGAAUUUGACUACUUUUAUAUUAUACCUAUCAUCCAUUAGUCAAAUAAAUACCCUACCUUCCCCUUCCUAGGAUUACUUAGUAAGUACUCGUAUCUUUAAUUUUAAUACAUUAUAAGAGACAAGGCCCGUCUGAACGAACACACGGGGUUUAAAAAUCGAACAUUUUAACUAUUAUUAAAAUCGAAUUUAAGUACCUACUUAAGUAUGUAAAAUUGUUUAAAUACUUAAUACUUAAAUGAGCAAUUUAUUAUUGACUGUGAAUAUUUUCUUAUUUAAUAUUUUAAUUUAUUUUUUAUUAUUACUGACCUCUAUAUUUAUAUAAAAACUAUUCCAUUUCUAUUGAUGGACUUUAUUGGUGUUUUACAUUUAAGUACAUUUGUUAAUUAGCUAGUUGAUUAAAUAAAUAAUAUCAUAUAAGUUUAGGUUAUAUUUUGUUGCUCUGCACAAUAAAGCGAGUACUUACAUUAUUGUUUAAAAUUAUAAUACCUUAGAUAAGAUUCGAACAUUUUAUGUACUUAAUAAACAUUUUAAAAAUACAUAUAACAAACCUAAGUAGAUCAUUCGUAAGAUUGUUAUACCUACCUAUUUAUUUAGAUACCACCCUACCAAUUUGGUCAGCAACAAUAUUCGCAAAAAUAUACUGUAAGUGUCUCCUACUGUAUCUCAUACCAACUUAGCUAGGUACGCCGAAAUUUUUCGAGUGUCAAGAGGGUACGAUAGCGGUAGUACUCAACUCGGUUGACAGCACUUCCAUGCCAUCUUCUGUGAUAGUAGUAACAGUAACUACAUAUUAGUACAAUACAAGUCUUAAUAGGUAAUAAAUUAUCGUACGUUAAAUCAAGAAAGUAAAAUAAAAAUGCGCAACUGGGCAACUUCGAGCUCGACUCGUUCACUUAAGGGUUCCGUCGGUGCACAGAAAAUUAUACAACGAUGCACCACAUAAAGCAACCUGGCUAAUCUUAUUAUUUAAUAAGAUAGGAAGAUUUUUUUUCUUUGGCGUCAUGCGACUUGCAUAGAUUUGAAUGUGGAGGAUAAAAACUUAGGAAACGUUUAUGGAGAAAGGAAUUUGGAUAGGAACGAAAUUUUGAAAUAAAGGAUCAUAAGGUUAGGAAUAAGGAAUAUCAAUGUACUUACUUACACAUAUCAGUAGGCAUAAAAUAAACAUAUAUUUAACUAUAAUUUAAUAUUAUUUAUAUGAAUAAAUGUAGCCAACAACUUAUAUAUUUGAGGAUCAUUAGAAGCAAGUAGGACCGAAAUAGAUGUAGGAAGAGGGACUUUUUGUAAUAAAAGAUUCUUAAAAAGAAGGGAGUUGUCAUGUAGAGGGCAAGCCAGAAAAAUGUGGUUAACAUGACCAGUAUCCAAACCACUAAGGGGAAGAAACUUUGUUUCUGAAACCGCACGCAAUGCAACGUUUUCCAAGUCAACAGUGAUCGUUCAGCACUGAGGUUCAGCAUUAGCGCCAUCUUUUGUUCGAUAGCAAAAAUAAUGUACGUAUAGGUAUGUCCUGUAUGUACCUAUCUAAUGGUUUUAUUGUUUUAAAAUAAAUGACUACUUAGUACCUACCUACUUUUAGGAGCUGUCAAGAAAAGGCGCUUAUUAAUAAAUUCAUAAGUUUUAUAGUACAUGAAU